AUGACGAAGCAAUGGGACAAGUACCGGGAAAUCAUCAUUGCCGAGUACAAGGACCACAACAAGCCCCUUCAUGAGGUGCGGAAGUUCAUGGUAGUGAGGUACGGGUUCAGGGCUUCCACCCGCGCAUAUCGAUCGCGUUUCGACAAGUGGGGGAUCCACAAGUACUCGCGUCGUCAGCGUCCGCGGUCCGUAAGUCCCGGCACGAGGGCGUCCGCAUCCGACUGCACCAUGCGGGCCUCUCCACAGCCGAACUCCGACGUGGACGAGGGCAGUUCGCAAGGGGCCUCACCACCUGAUGCGACACGAAUCGAGCUGCUGAACCCGGGGGCAGGCAUUACCACGCCCAGAGUGGGCCUCGGGAAGUGA